GUUGAUGCACGGAAGUUAAUUUAGAACGGACGGAAAAUGAACGCUCGUGUUCCCUCACGGCAGGUUCUUCAGUGGAUUAUAAGACAUUCCACCUCGUCUUUAUUCAGCCCCCAUCACUCAGGGAGGUGGCUGCGUCGUCCAUGCGUCCAGUCUAGGUUGUGUUCGUCAUUACUGACAACUUCAACCAGCCAUGAUCCAGUUCCCCCUCAGAGAGACACAGCGCUGUCCCUGCAGUGUCUUUCUGACAUGGGCUUCACAGACAGCCAGGCUGAGGAAAUCUAUGAAAGCGUGACCAACCCUGCAACUGCCAAGCAUUGUUCAUCAACGCUCACAGCUUUGUUUGUAUUGGGCCUCAACCCUUCCUCUGUGGUGAAGUUACUGAGCAAAUGUCCUGAGCUUUACACCACCAAGGAGUCACUUCUUCAGCAGCGCAUCACCAACCUGCGCAAACUCGGUUUAAAGGAAGGUAGUCUUCAGAGAGUGGUGGCCCACUACCCUGCCAUCCUCACUGUGCCCGUGAAGACUGUCAAACAUGUGGUGAUGGUCCUCAGAGAGAAGUGUCUGUUCACAGGGCAGCAGGCGACGGACAUCCUCAGGGACAGUCCUGCUGUGGUGCUGGAAGACCUGACUCAGCUGCAGUACAAGUUCCAGUAUGUCUACUUCCGAAUGGGCGUCAAACAAUCAGAGAUGGUCAAGAACAAAUUGUUUGGUUUCUCCCUGGACGACCUGCGCUGUCGUCACUGUUUUCUGGAGCGCCGGGGCUUAUACCAGACCCCCGACAAGAAGGGCCAUACCACCAUCAUUAACCCCAAACUGGACAGCAUCCUCAACGUGAGUCUGGACACCUUCCUGACGGUGGUGGCCCAGGUGGCGUCAAUGGAGGAGUAUGACGUCUUCCAGAGACUGAUGGCCAGAGAGUGGCAGGAAGAGGAGCGUCACCACGGCGACGUGCAAGCAGAAAGCGACGAGGACGAGGAGGAGGAGGAGGAGGAGGAAGACGACUUUGAAGGCAAGGAUAGUUAUAGGAAAAGAAAAAAGAGGAUAUAAAUAUUUAAGUAGAAUAAUGUUACACACAAGUAUAGUUUGUCAAGAAUAUUAGUUUGCACGUUCAACUGAUGCUGUUGAUGUGACUAAACGUUAACUCCUUUUCUCUGUCGUUUAUUCGUGAAAUAUUAGGACUUCAUUCUUGUAAGUACAGUCAAGGUCACACUGAGAAGAAAAAUAAUAAAAACUGCAGGAGUAAAGUUU